AGCCUUUGUUCAAUGCAAGCCCUAGUUGGAGAACCGCUUUGACCUAGCCGCCAUGGUUGUACAGAUCAACUUGGAGGGUCGAAGCCUGUCUUUGCCGAAGACGGUGGUUAAGCGUGGAGCAGUGGAUUGGAAUUCGCAGGCCGCUGUGAAGGGCGUGCUGCAAAUCUUGGAUGGCGCGUGCCAAGCCAAGACUGUGGACGAGGCCUUGGCCGAAGUCCGGGGCUUUACCAGCCUGGGGCAUAUGAUAUGGGCCUAUGCCUACUUGCGCAUGCUGCAUCACAAGGACCCCAACCUUUUUUACCGUACUGUGAUGGCCGAGCCCUCUUUCCUCAUGCCAAUUGUGUACACUCCCACCGUGGGUGAGGCUUGCCAGAAGUUUGGCCAGUUGCCACUCCUCCCACGGGGUUGCUAUGUGUCUUUGGCGGACCGUGGCAACCUAAAGGCUGUGCUGAAGGAGUACGCCGAUCUGAUGCUUCCAAAGGAUUCUGCUGGCAAGCCCCAAUGCCAAUGCAUCGUUUUCUCCGAUGGGGGGCGAAUCCUGGGCCUCGGUGACCUUGGCGUGUGGGGCAUGGGAAUCCCCAUCGGCAAGCUGGACUUGUACACCGUAUGUGCAGGCUUCAACCCUCACAAGACCAUGCCGGUGAUGAUCGAUGCUGGUUGUACCGAUGCCAAUGGCAACGCUGCAAAGCUCACGAUUCGCGAUCAUAUCCUCUAUCACGGGAUGAAGGAGAACCGCGUGAAGCAUACUUCCAAGGCAGGAACAGAGGUGAAUUCAGCCUACUAUGGCGAAGACUCUUUCAUCGGGGAGUUCAUGACAGCAGCAAGGGACCUCUUUGGCCGCAAUUGCCUGUUGCAAUUCGAGGACUUCAACUCAAAUGAUGCCUUCCCACUGCUGGAAGAGUACAGAGAGAAGUUUCUCACUUACAAUGAUGAUAUCCAGGGUACAGCCUCUAUCAUCGUGGCGGCAGCUUUGGGCGGCAUUAAGCUUCAAAAGCCAGAAUGCACAAGCUUGCUGAAAGAGCUGCAGGGGAUGAGGGUGCUCUUCCAUGGCGCUGGCUCAGCCAACCUGGGUGGCGCCCAGCUCUUGAAGGCAGAGGUCCAAAUGGCACCGGGAUCCGUGGUGGUCACCAACUCCAAAGGUGUGAUCUGGAGCUCCCAGGAUGGGAGCAAAGGCACCUUCCGCAACGACGAGCAAAAGGCGGUGGCGCUCAUCGGUGAGCCGAAAGGCUAUGACCCAACAGAUCUGGUGUCAAUCAUCAAGCAUCACAAGCCAGACAUUCUGAUCGGUGCUGUUGGCAGGGCUCCAGGUUGCUUCACGGAGGAAGUGGUCCAGGCGAUGUUGAGCGUACAAGCUGCGAAGCCCAAGGGGGGACGUCCGAUCAUUUUUGCUCUCUCCAAUCCUAUGAGCCAAGCAGAGAUCACGGCAGAGGAUUGCUACAAGUUCUCACGUGGUCAGGCUAUCUUUGGCUCUGGCACCCGCUUCCCACCAGUUGAAGUGCAGGGCAGAACAAGGUCACCCGGACAAGUGAACAACUUCUUCAUUUUUCCUGGGAUGUCCUUUGCAGCUGUGUGUUGUGAGGCCACGAAAAUCACCGAUCACCUCUUUAUGGAAGCAGCGCAAGCUGUGGCCAACUCCUUGGACAAGGUGGACAUCGAGUCAGACUCGGUGCUUCCGAACACCGCACGCAUCCGGGAUGUCGGGCACAACGUGGCCACGGCUGUGGUGCUUGCAGCCCAAAAGGCAAACCUGGCCCAGAAACCAUUGGGCGAGACCUGGGAAGAGGUGGCUGGAGAAUUGGCCUCCCUUCGUUGGGAUCCGGCAGGGCAAUCUCCAAUAAUUCAGGAUGAUUCCGCAGCCCCUGCUUGUGCGGUGUGCUCUUUCGUCUGAGCGACUGCAAGCACGGCUGCGAAGCAAGUUUGCAGUACAGUUGGUACUUCGACUUGAAAUGACUGUCCCGAAGGCCAAGGAAUGGAAUAAGAGGGGGGUAUGAGGGAGACUCCAGAGGCGCUUUGGGACUGCUAGUUUUGGAACCUUGCCAACCGCUUGGCAUGGUUUGAGCACCCAUUUGAGGGCCAUGCAGAGCGGCACCAGAUUCGUGGUCAGUUCGUCUUUUGCGGGGCCUUUCCCUUGAUGCUCCUG